GUCAUGUCGUUUUAACUUUCGUUUUCCAAAUAGUCGCCGAUGGACUGCGCCCUGGUAUAACCUUAAUAUGAUAGGAUCCGUCCAGCAAUAAUCGCUUAGUAUGGAGAGUCCUGAGGUCCAUAAAAAGGAAGUACAGUGCAUACUUUGUAAAAGACCCGAAGAGUCGCUUGAAACAGGACCUCUCUCGACCAAGGGCCCCGUGACUGCACAUCAAAACUGCCUGGAUGUGCAGCUGUACUCCUCUGGGAUUUACUGUGAGAACACCCCAGAGCAUGAUGAUCUGUUUGGGUUUUCUGUGAAGCACGUGCAGGAUGAGGCAAGGCGCGGGUACAAACUGAAAUGUGACGACUGUAAGAAGUCUGGAGCCACCGUUGGCUGUGAGGUAAAGCGAUGCACCAAGUCUUUCCACUUCCCGUGUGCUAUCGGUGCCGGAGCAGAAACUGUGGAAGACGAAGAGGGGAGAUACGCGGUGUAUUGCAAAAAACACAGGUCACAAAAUGAAGGAGGGGCCAAUGGAGUCUCCUCAGCAGAUUCCUCUGACUCCUCCACACGGCACUCGUCAAAGGUUUCUCGUCGUCACCAUGAAAGGAACAGAGGAACUAGUCAUUUGGAUAAUUCCAGAAAUGAUAUUGCAACUGAAAACCAUGAAACCCCCCGCCACAAACCCUUCAAUGGUGAUUCAAUUCCAGGACCGUCUACCAGUUCAGACAGUCGCAGACCUUUGAAGAGAGGAUUGAGUUACAAUUACAAUGAAAGAUCUGAGAGACCCCCCAAAAUGUUUGCCCCUAUAUCGGACUUGGACUCGGAGGACGAUGAGGAUAGCAGCCAAACAAACCAAAGACCAGGAGAUUUGAGUCAGCAGUUGAACAGAAAUGACAUGGAAACAGCUACUGCUUCCGUAUCAGAUCCGGCGACAAAUGGAGCCGGUUCUGAGGAGGAAGACGAUGGAACAUUGGUUGAUUCAAAAAGGAUAGGCUCGGUAGCAGAGCCGAUGCGCUUUGUGGUGCCUGUGAUGCUCUGUAACUGUUCUGAGACCACAGAGGAGGAUCCUGAUACUCAUACAUACCUCUCCUUCGACCACCACCCAGCUGAGCCUUCUGGCCCUGCUGAGCCUUCUGGCCCUGCUGCCCCUGCUGCCCCUGGCCCUGCCCCACCCUCCCCUAUGUCACCAGGAUCCCCUUCUUUACUUGAUCCCUGUUUUGGACCAAGCUCCCUUAUUGUAGCAGAUUCCCCCGUCGUACCGGGUUCCCCCGUCGUACCGGGUUCCCCCGUCGUACCGGGUUCCCCCGUCGUACCGGGUUCCCCCGUCGUAUCGGGUUCCCCCGUCGUACCGGGUUCCCCCGUCGUAACGGGUUCCCCCGUCGUAACGGGUUCCCCCGUCGUAUCGGGUUCCCCCGUCGUACCGGGUUCCCCCGUCGUACCGGGUUCCCCCGUCGUACCGGGUUCCCCCCAUAUACUAUGUUCCAUAAGUUCAAGAGAUGCAGCAGGCUUUCCUCGAAGCGGCCAUGCAACAGAAGCAUUGUCGUCUCCCCACCCCGCUACCCUCCCCUCCAGACCAUCUCCCAGGGGCCAGAUUCCUCCUCUUAGAAUACGGCUCACCUCCGCCCCAGGGCCCUCCUCCGUCCCAGGGCCCUCCUCCGUCCCAGGGCUCACCUCCGUCCCAGGGCCCUCCUCCGUCCCAGGGCCCUCCUCCGUCCCAGGGCUCACCUCCGCCCCAGGGCCCUCCUCCGUCCCAGGGCCCUCCUCUGUCCCAGGGCCCCCCAUCCCCCCAGGGCCCUCCUCCGCCCCAGGGCCCCCCAUCCCCCCAGGGCCCUCCUCCCCCCCUGGGACCUCCUCCCCCCCAGGGCCCCCCAUCCCCCCAGGGCCCCCCAUCCCCCCAGGGCCCUCCUCCACCCAAGGGCCUAGCCUUGACGCUGUGCUUUUCUGGAGGAACUGCAACGAGGCUGAGUACACGCAUACCAUCUUCUCACACCUGAAUGCCCAAAUGGAGAGCAUGGCCUCCAGGAUCCAGUCCGAGCAGGCCAGUGCGGAGGAGUGUGAGGUUGCACUGCAAGUGAUGAGGGUCUCUGGACAGCUCCCACAUUUACUGGAGGCCAAGGAAGCAGAAUUACAGGCGAAAAUAUUUCAACUGCAAAGAAAAGCCAACGCCAUGGGGAGAGCCAGCUCAGCUCUGAGGAAAUAGAACCUUUUCCUUUGAACUUUUACUCUGACCCUUUUCAUUCUCUUACCAUGGAUUUUACACACUUGCUGCACUUAUUUUAUGCAAAGUAAAAAAUGGGUUAUGUGAUGUGACAUAAGUAAGUAAUUGUUAUGCAAGUUCUUUUUCCCGUGUUGUAACUUGGAUCUCUUCCUAAAGGGAGUAGCCAAACGAUACUGUUAUCUUAAAAUCCACUCCCCUGAUUUCGACACUUUCAAGGAGGAGUGUUACGCGCACGUUCACAAUUUAAGGCUUUUACAAAAAUUUUAAAAAAUAAAUGAAAAAAAUAUAUUUUGUUAAUGGCCAAAAGGUGGCACUGUUCUGUUCGUUUAGGUAGCUUAUUUUAGGUUCAACAAUAAUGUUGUGCGCUAGAGGAACGGUAAUAAACGUUUCACAUUUUUUUUUCAAAAAUGUAUUAUUUCUUGUGUUCUCAAUGUACACAAAUUAUGUAUGGUAGAGAUAUUAAAAAUGAUUUAAUACUAUAUA